AUGCCUAUUCGUCGUAGCAAGGUUUUAAUAAAAUGGAUAUACGAAAACCAGCACAAAAUGCAGACGAUACGGUGUUGCAGUUCACUAUUGCGUUACAAAGAGGUUGAAGAGAGCCCACACGUCGAACAGGAAACCAUCACAGCACCACAAACUCCACAAACAAACCCCGAGGUCUCAUUCAAGUAUGAUGAUUUACAAGUCAGACUAGCAGCACCAUAUCAGUUGCGACCAAAGCCUGAAGUUAGCGACAUAGGUUUUGGAAAAUAUUUCACCGACCAUAUGCUAAAAAUAAAUUACCACAAGCAUCUCGGAGGUUGGCAAAAACCAGAAGUUAGUCCCUUCGAAAACUUAAGUAUACAUCCAGCGUCCAAAGCUCUACAUUAUGCAAUACAACUAUUUGAAGGCAUGAAAGCAUAUAGAGGAAUUGAUGAUAAAAUAAGAUUGUUUCGUCCUGACCUCAAUAUGAAAAGAAUGAAUCUAGCAGCCCAAAGAUCUGGAUUACCAACGUUUGACGGAGAUGAAUUAAUUAAGUGCAUAACCCGACUUAUUCAAAUUGAUCAAGAAUGGGUACCUCACUCCGAAACAGCGACGCUAUAUGUUCGGCCUACGUUAAUAGGUACAGAGCCGACAUUUGGAAUAGUGGCUUCCGACUCAGCCCUGUUGUUUGUGAUUUUGAGCCCCGUGGGUUCUUAUUACAAGACCGAUGGAGCCGUGUCAAUUUACGCAGAUCCUAAUGUAGUACGAGCUUUUCCUGGUGGAGUUGGAAAUAGGAAAGUGGGUUCCAACUAUGGACCAACUAUAGAGACUACGGCUCGUGCUGCAAAGCUAGGACAUCAUCAAGUAUUAUGGCUGUUUGGCCCAAAUAGAAAUCUAACUGAGGUCGGAUCUAUGAAUAUUUUCAUAGUUUAUGUCAACGAACAAGGAGAUAAACAACUAAGCACGCCGCCACUUAACGGACUUAUAUUGCCUGGAAUAACGCGCUGCUCUAUACUUGAGUUGGCCAGUCAAUGGGAGGACUUGACUGUCAAAGAAGAAAACAUAUCUAUGGAUCGUGUUAUUCAACUCAAUAAAGAAGGGCGGUUGUUGGAGAUGUUCGGUGCGGGAACGGCGGCCGUUGUGACGCCAAUCAAAAACAUCGGCUACCUUGACGAGAACAUCGGCAUUCCUACCAUGCAACAGUCUCAACCGAUAUACCAAAGACUGAAGGACACGUUGCUCGCCAUACAGUAUGGCCACGUAGAGCAUCCGUAUGCGAAAAUUAUUUCG